AUGGAAAGAGGGAGAGGAGGAGGAGGAGGAAGGAACCUGGGAGGCUCUGGCCUGCAUAGGAACAUUUAUUCCCAGUCCCAGCAGCAGUACCACUACCCGGCCUCCUCCCAGGGGAGCUGCAUGGAGAUCCAGGAGCUGGCCUCCAAGAGGGUGGACAUCCAGAAGAAGCGGUUUUAUCUGGAUGUGAAACAGAGCUCCCGCGGCCGCUUCCUGAAGAUCGCCGAGGUCUGGAUAGGAAGGGGCAGGCAGGACAACAUCAGGAAGAGCAAGCUGACCCUCUCCUUGUCCGUGGCUGCCGAGCUGAAGGACUGCCUGGGGGACUUCAUCGAGCACUACGCCCACCUGGGCCUGAAGGGCGGCCAUGGCCACCGGCACGAGCACAGCAACGACAAGGAGCAGCAUCCCCGGAGGCGGCCGCAGCACCCGCCGCCCUCGCCCCCGGCGUCCGUGGGCUCCGAGGAGCCCCCUCACAGCGUCCUCAAAACGGAGUACAUCGAGAGGGACAACAGGAAGUACUACCUGGACCUGAAGGAGAACCAGCGCGGGCGCUUCCUGCGGAUUAGGCAGACCAUGAGCAGGGGACCCGGCAUGAUGGGUUACUUCGGCCACAGCUUGGGACAGGAGCAGACGAUCGUCCUCCCGGCGCAAGGGAUGAUCGAGUUCAGGGAUGCUUUGGUGCAGCUGAUUGAAGAAUACGGCGAGGGGGACAUAGAGGAUCGCCGGGGGGGAGGUGACGAGCCCCCGGAGCUCCCCGAGGGCACCUCCUUCCGAGUGGACAACAAGCGCUUCUACUUCGACGUGGGAUCCAACAGGUACGGCAUCUUCCUGAAGGUAAGUGAGGUGAGGCCGCCCUACCGUAACACCAUCACAGUUCCCUACAAAGCGUGGACACGGUUCGGGGAAAAUUUUAUCAAGUACGAAGAAGAGAUGAGGAGAAUUUACAACAGCCAUAAAGAGAAAAGAAUGGAUGCCAGAGGGGACAGUGGUGAAGAGCAAGAGGGUCUGGACUAGAGUGCAUUGGACAAUUAACCAAACAAAGCAAGCAGAAAUUGGUGAGAGGGACUGACCUAUAGUAAUUCCAAGUUGCCCCAGUUUUUUGUAUAGUCCUUUUCUGGUAGUUCUUGCUAACUCCAGUACAUAAUGUUAUAGGAGUCUGGUUAUCACGUUAAACUAUGCCCAAAACAUCUCCGUGUGUCUUAGGAAAGGACCAACCUCCCGAGUCCGUAUGAGUCAGCUGCUUCGAGUGUUGGAGACUGUGGAAGUACGCGUAUCAGCACAAACAAAAUCCGGCACCCUGACCUUUAAAUAGUCUAGAAAAGGCUUGUGUUGCACUUAAACACGAUGCAAAAGUACCCCCACCCUGAACCUUACGAUGAAUGUAUCAGUUUCUGCUUAUCACGAGUUUUUCAGGACUGGCUUCUGCCCGUGCCCGGUCCAAAGGCCGAGCAGCAUUGCCGUAGAGCAUUUAUGGCAAAAAUCAGCUCCACGUGAAUCUCUGGUCUGUGUGUGAGGAGGGAGAGAGGUUUUAAAGUUGGCAUCUCCUGGUUAUUGAGUUGGAAACAAUAGUCUGUUUAUGGGUAAAGUCUCGAUGACCCGUCAGACCUCAGUCACGUGCCGGUGAAGGGCGGAAGAUCUGUCGUUCAUUCCGUAGUUUUGUGCUGACCAGAUCACCUGAGCAUCCCAGGACAGCGGAGUGCUCAGCCUUCUGAAUUAAUGGCAGUGAAU